AUUUUUUAAAUCAUGGCCUUUCACUGUAAUAUAGCAUUAUGAAGGCAACAUUUCAGAACUCGAACUGUACUUCGUCAUUGUCAACAAUGAGUAUGGGGAGCAAACAGAAGAAGAGCUGCUCCCAGGAGGAAAGGAUAUACGUGUUACAAAUGAUAAUGUCAUCACAUUUAUUCAUCUUAUUGCCAACCACAGGUUGAAUUUUCAGAUUCGUCAGCAAAGUUCACAUUUCUUGAGGGGAUUUCAGCAGGUUAUGCAGAAAAAUUGGAUAGAAAUGUUCAGUGAGCAUGAACUUCAGCUUCUGAUAUCAGGUUCACUUGAGGGCUUGGAUGUUGAAGACCUACGGUGCCAUACUAAUUAUGCAGGUGGCUAUCAUAAUGAACAUUAUGUCAUUGAGAUGUUCUGGGAGGUUCUCAAGAGUUUUUCUCUAGAGAAUCAGAAGAAAUUUUUGAAGUUUGUGACGGGAUGUUCACGAGGACCAUUGCUUGGGUUCAAGUUUCUGGAGCCUCUAUUAUGUAUACAGAGGGCUGCUGGUGAUGCCUCUGAAGAAGCUCUUGACCGCUUACCAACAUCUGCAACUUGCAUGAAUCUUCUAAAGCUUCCUCCCUAUAGAAGUCAAGAACAUAUGGAAAUGAAACUGUUGUACGCGAUCAACGCUGAUGCGGGUUUUGACUUGAGUUGAUUGGAAUAAUCAUAUACAUGUUGCACCUACAACAGGGUGGAAGGAUCACCAUCUGCUCAGGAAAAAUACCAUUCCAUGUCCAAUCAAAUGGAUGCCGAUGAUGCUGAAAGGCUAGAUGGCUUCAGAACCUACAUGGGGCUUGUCAUGAAAGUAAGCUGUAGACACAAGAUGAAAAGAAAAUCAUGUACAUGAGUAUAAACCAUAAAUGGGCUGUAAGUGCUGAUCGAAUUAUCAGUGUACAUAUUGUGAGGGGUCUCUUUGGAAAUGUAUCGAAGUUGAAAAGCUAUUCGUCAACACCUUGUGUGAUAUCAGAACUUAUUGUUAUCACUUUGUAAAAUGAGGGGAAAAGCAAGAUUUAUGUAAUCAAAGGUUCAAACUAGUGUAAGCUUGGUGCUAGUUCAAAAAGAGUUUUUGGGGUUUGUGGUUA